AUGGAGAACGUUGACGUUGACACCGCUUUCCUCUACGGCGAAGUCAAGGAAGAGAUCUACAUGGAUCAGCCGGAUGGAUUUGUGGACAAGCAACACCGUGACAAGAAGUGUCUGCUAAACAAAGCUUUGUACGGUACAAAGCAAGCGGCACGAGAAUGUAAUCAUCGUCUUAACGCACACCUUGAAAGCCAAGGGUUCACGCGUACGUCUGCCGAUCUCUGUGUCUAUGUGCGACAAUCGGAUACUCAAUUUAGUCUGGUGAUCAUUCACGUUGACGACUUGAUGCUCUUUGCUCGGACGCAAGAACACAUCGAUGACAUCAAGCGUGCACUGAAGAUCGAGUUCAGUAUCAAAGAGCUCGGCGAACUGAAGUACUGUCUUGGCAUCGAUUGA